CGCUCGGGCACACUCCCUGCCUCCUCCGCCGCCCCCGGGAGCCCGCUGGGCCCGAGGCGCGCGCUGUCCCCGUGCCCCCGCCCGCCGACCGCUCGCUCGCACGCACUCCCGGUAGUAAUUUCACUUUGCCACGCGAGCUCCGCAGCCCCUAGAAAUCCCGCCCCCCGGCCCUGUCCCCGGCCAGGUGCGCGAGCUUGCGCGCUCCUCCUCCGCCUCCUCCGGCGGGUCCCUGGCGCGCCGGGGCCGGGGCCCGGCUGGGGCGGCUGCGCGCACGGCGCCUCUCCACCAACCCGCUCCACUGCAGGUCCCUCGCUCGCUGUCUAUCCCUCUCCGGCGCUCCCUCGCUCCCCCCCGCCCUUUGAUUGACAGGCAAGAUGUCGGUGUGGAGCGAGGCAGGAGCGAUUGCAGCAACCGUCACCCCCGGAGCCCGGCGGCGGCAGCAGCAGCAGCGCGGGGAGGAGACAGCAGCCAGCCGCAGUAGCCGCCGCAGCCACGGGAGCAAUGCAGACAGCACCUUGAGAACGCGCUAAAACACUCCCAACCGUGGACCAUGCCGUGUCCCUGCAACUGGGAGGGGGGCAAACCAGAUUUUUUUUAACAUAAAAGCCAGCCAGCCAAAAAUAUAUAAUUUUGUCCUUCAAGGAGCCGGUGUGUAAAGAGUGAGCGCUAUUUUCCUUCUCCUCCUCCUCUUCCCUCCUCCUCCUCUUCCUCCUCUUCUCCUUCUCCUCCUCUUUUUCCUCCUCCUCUUCCUCCUCCUUCUCCUCCUCCUCCUCCUCCUCCCUAAGUGUACAGACAGCAUCACAUCACCUGGUUUGCUUCUGAGAAACAGCAUCUGUCCUUUUCAGGGACCAGAGACUCAGAGAGAGAGGAGACAUUCUAAUGGAGUCCGCUUGAUACCCCAAAAUAAAAUAAUAAAUUUUGGCUCUUGUCCCCUCCUCCCACUCCCACCCCCUCAACCCUGUGUGAGAUGUUGGAUUUCUUCAUGAGACAUUGUUGAGGAGUCGCAGUGGUUGGAGAGGCGGAGGGGUAGGCUACCUUUCUCCCCCCCCCCCUUUUUUCUCUCUGGGAGGAGGAGGAGGGGAAGGGGGUUGCAGAGCAAGCGAUGGAUGAGGAAAACAUGACGAAAAGCGAGGAGCAGCAGCCUCUGAGUUUGCAAAAAGCCUUACAGCAGUGCGAACUGGUCCAAAACAUGAUAGACUUGAGCAUCUCCAACCUGGAAGGGCUUAGGACCAAAUGUGCUACCUCCAACGACCUCACACAAAAAGAAAUCCGGACCCUGGAGAGCAAGCUGGUGAAGUACUUCAGCCGGCAGCUGUCCUGCAAAAAGAAGGUGGCCUUGCAGGAGCGCAACGCUGAGCUGGACGGCUUCCCCCAGCUGCGGCACUGGUUCCGGAUCGUCGACGUGCGCAAGGAAGUCCUGGAGGAAAUCUCACCUGGCCAGCUGAGCCUGGAGGACCUUUUGGAGAUGUCGGAUGAGCAGGUGUGUGCGACCGUCGAGAAAUACGGAGCCAACCGGGAGGAGUGUGCCCGCCUCAACGCCUCCCUCACUUGCCUCAGGAAUGUCCACAUGUCAGGAGGCAACCUUUCCAAACAAGACUGGACCAUCCAGUGGCCCACCACAGAGACCGGGAAGGAGAACAAUCCCGUGUGUCCCCCAGAGUCCACCCCGUGGAUCCGCACCCAUCUCUCCCAGAGCCCUAGGGUCCCAUCCAAGUGCGUCCAGCACUAUUGUCACACCAGCCCCACUCCCGGGGCCCCUGUGUACACCCAUGUGGAGAGGCUUACUGUGGACGCCUACCCAGGCUUGUGCCCACCCCCGCCACUGGAGUCGGGACACCGUUCCCUGCCCCCAUCGCCCCGGCAGCGGCACGCAGUCCGCACCCCGCCACGGACCCCCAACAUCGUCACCACCGUGACCCCACCGGGCACACCACCUAUGAGGAAGAAGAACAAGCUGAAGCCUCCAGGGACCCCGCCACCCUCCUCCCGAAAGCUGAUACACUUGAUCCCGGGGUUCACCGCGCUGCAUCGGAGCAAAUCCCACGAGUUCCAGCUGGCGCACCGCGUGGACGAGGCCCAUACACCCAAAGCCAAGAAGAAGAGCAAACCCUUGAACCUCAAGAUCCACAGCAGCGUAGGCAGCUGCGAGAACAUCCCCUCCCAGCAGCGCUCCCCGCUGCUGUGCGAGCGCUCCCUCCGCUCCUUCUUUGUGGGACACGCACCUUUCCUGCCUUCCACCCCUCCUGUUCACACUGAGGCCAACUUCUCUGCAAACACACUGUCAGUGCCACGCUGGUCCCCGCAGAUCCCUCGCAGAGACCUCGGCAACUCCAUCAAGCACAGGUUUUCCACCAAGUACUGGAUGUCUCAGACAUGCACAGUCUGUGGGAAAGGGAUGCUUUUUGGCCUCAAGUGUAAAAACUGCAAGUUAAAGUGCCACAACAAAUGCACCAAAGAAGCCCCACCCUGCCAUCUCCUGAUCAUCCAUCGAGGAGAUCCAGCAAGGUUAGUCCGGACAGAGUCCGUUCCAUGUGACAUCAACAACCCUCUACGGAAGCCACCUCGGUAUUCAGACCUACACAUCAGUCAGACGCUCCCCAAAACCAACAAAAUCAACAAGGACCACAUCCCCGUCCCUUACCAGCCAGACUCCAGCAGCAACCCCUCCUCCACGACGUCCUCCACGCCCUCCUCGCCAGCACCCCCCCUCCCUCCUAGCGCCACACCGCCUUCUCCCCUACACCCUUCCCCACAGUGCACACGGCAGCAGAAGAACUUCAACCUGCCAGCAUCCCACUACUACAAAUACAAGCAGCAGUUCAUCUUCCCAGAUGUGGUGCCGGUGCCAGAGACACCGACCCGGGCGCCCCAGGUCAUCCUGCAUCCGGUGACCUCAAAUCCAAUCUUGGAAGGAAAUCCAUUACUUCAAAUUGAAGUGGAGCCAACGUCAGAGAAUGAAGAGGCCCAUGAUGAGGCCGAGGAGUCAGAGGAUGACUUUGAGGAGAUGAAUCUGUCCCUCCUCUCGGCCCGGAGCUUCCCACGCAAGGCCAGCCAGACCAGCAUCUUCCUUCAGGAGUGGGACAUCCCCUUUGAGCAGCUGGAGAUCGGCGAGCUCAUUGGAAAGGGCCGCUUUGGGCAAGUGUACCAUGGCCGCUGGCAUGGUGAGGUGGCCAUCAGGCUGAUUGACAUUGAAAGGGACAACGAGGACCAGCUCAAGGCCUUCAAGCGGGAGGUGAUGGCCUACAGGCAGACGCGGCAUGAGAACGUGGUGCUUUUCAUGGGCGCCUGCAUGAGCCCACCUCACCUGGCCAUCAUCACCAGCCUCUGUAAGGGACGGACGCUCUAUUCUGUUGUGAGGGAUGCCAAAAUCGUCUUAGAUGUGAACAAAACCAGGCAGAUUGCUCAAGAAAUUGUGAAGGGCAUGGGUUACCUCCACGCCAAGGGAAUCCUGCACAAGGACCUCAAGUCAAAGAAUGUCUUCUAUGACAAUGGCAAAGUAGUCAUCACAGACUUUGGACUCUUCAGCAUUUCUGGAGUGCUGCAGGCUGGCAGGCGGGAGGACAAACUGCGCAUCCAGAAUGGUUGGCUAUGCCACCUGGCACCGGAGAUCAUCCGCCAGCUGUCCCCUGACACAGAGGAGGAUAAGCUCCCCUUCUCCAAACACUCUGAUGUCUUUGCCCUUGGCACAAUCUGGUAUGAACUCCACGCCAGAGAGUGGCCUUUCAAGACCCAACCAGCAGAGGCAAUAAUCUGGCAAAUGGGCACAGGCAUGAAACCCAACCUCAGCCAGAUCGGCAUGGGAAAAGAAAUCUCGGACAUUCUUCUCUUCUGCUGGGCCUUUGAACAAGAAGAGAGACCUACCUUCACCAAGCUCAUGGACAUGCUGGAGAAACUGCCAAAGCGAAACCGCCGCCUAUCUCACCCUGGACAUUUCUGGAAGUCUGCAGAGCUGUGACCUUUGGACUCUGAGGCUCCCUUUGGAGCCUUUGGACCUGGGCUCCCGUCACCUGUCCCUCCCUGCUCUGUCCUCUGCCAGCUCCGGAGGCCAGAGACUCAGCAUCAGAGGGCACUGACCCUGACCAACCUGGGAGCACUGGACGACUGCUCGGCAGCCUCCCUGCACCUCAGACUUGCGCUCUUUUCCUCAGGCAGGGUUGGGGACCCCCGAGCUAGGACUGAACCGGACCAGCCAGGGUGAUGCAGUAUUGAUCAGCGUGGCCUGGGGAACAGCACAAAUGGGAGCACUGCUGGCUGCACGUGGUGCCUUUGGGCCAUGGGACUAGGACAGGAGGCCCCACAUGGGCGGGCUCGCAGACCGGGCUGUGUGUGUGUGUGUCUGUGUGUAUGACACUGUUCACACUCGUUUCACCUUGACAAGCAGGAGCCAGAAUGACCCAGUGAUGGGGCACCCCUCAGUUGCUCUGUGUCUGCGUGGUGGGUUCCAGCUGUGCAAUCUGGGAAGGUAAGAGGGGGGUACAGAGCCAAACGCCAGCUUAGUCAAGUCUACUGAUCCAAGACUGAGUAGGGAAGGCUGUGGGUAGCUAGGCUUGUUCCUUUAGAAAUCUGUGCUUUCAGACACCCCAACCCAAACCUGUAGUGGUGUGUGGCACCUUUGCAUAGGGCUCCGAAGUACAGUAGGAAAGUUAGAACGUCUUUUGAGUUCUGGGUCUCUCUGGGGGACCUAUUCCCCUAGUUUUGCCUCACUGCUCCCAUCUCCUUGCCAUUCGGAAAACCAAGAUGACUUCUGGGGGCUCCUUAGAGCUCACCGUCACUCAGGGCACCCCCUGAAAGUCGGACUCUGGGCAGGGAGUUCCAGGACAUUCCUUUUCUUCCUUCUUCUCUGCUACCCACACCAGUGAAGUUUAUCCCCCCGCCUUGGUGGAUGUGGGUCCUUGGAAUAUGUCCAUGCUGGGUUCUGUGGCUGUACAUAUGAUUACACGUUUGCUUUUCACCCUUAUGGAGUCCAGUUGGGGGAACACAAAGGGAGGGUAUUUGUUAAGGUUCUACCUUCUCCACUCUAGCCUGGUGCAGGGUCCUCAAGUGGCUUCCCCAUUGGGAGCCUUUGUUCUCACCUGUGUGUGUUCCCUCAGGGCCCACCUUCCCUCUCUCCUCUUGCUCCCAGCCUGGGCUGGUGACUCUUCCUGACCGUGUUGGGGAAACCACCAGCGUUCUGCAGGAAGGAUGCCAGGAGCAGGCUGGGCAUGCAGAGUUAUGGGAGAGGAGAGCCUCUGUGUCAUUUGCUCAUAUUUUCAAAGCCCUGACUCCCUGGACAUGACCUGGUACAAAAUGGAAAUCUGUCCCCAAGCAGAGCAAUAGCAGGGGCAUCUGGGCAAUGAACAGGAAGCUCAGGGUAGUCCAUAGCCCCUGUGUAUUUCCUGGGCACUGCCUGGGCCUUAGUUUUCUUGUAGCUGCUACCUAUCCAGGCAUCUCCCUCCUAGAGAGCCAAAGAGAGGAACUGGAACUUCAGAAACGCUACCUGACCUUCCUCUCAAAAUCCAAACAGACCUAUGGGGAUCUCUUCCCCACCUUGGGUCGCUCCCAGACUGGUUCAUGCUCUGGGGGCCAAACCUGCUUCCAAACUGGGAAGAAUGAUGAGACCAGUCAUGCUUCCCAGGAGCCUGGCCAGGGGAGACCCCUGUGUUUUCCAGAGGUCCCUCUUGGAUUGCCUUUCUAACACUCCCAGCUGUCUGGGAUCUGAGGACUAAAGACCCUGACUUGGGCUGCUCCUAAGUGGACACUGCUCUUCUGGGGACAUCUAUGGCUCUUGGCUUAACAUGUGUGUGUGUCUUGGAGGCAUUUUGUACAUGUUUGCCCAAGCCCGAGCCACUCUGGGGUUGCUGGGGAUGGCGCUUGUCAAUGGACACCUCCCCAUCCCAACACAACACUCUGCGUCCCAGUCCUGGGCCUGGACUUGCACCUGCCUUGGCUCUGCCCAGCAGCCUACUGAGUGCCUGAAACCCAAUCAGGGUUUCUUGAGUCCACAGGCUCCUGUCUUUGUCAUGUUCCUUUGUGCCAAGAGGAUACAAGGAAGGGAAGGGGCAGCCAGGUCCAUUACCCUGCAGCUGAAAUGUCCACAAGAACGUACCUUCUCAUCUUUGCCUCUCCUGUUUCUAGAAUUAAGUAAAAUGUCCAACCACAGCCUUUGGCAAGGCCUAGCAUGGUCUCUAAUGGUUGAUUUUUCCAUUCAUUCAUGAGCACCAGUUUGGGAUUAAGGACUGACAGGGCCUGAGUGAUCCGGAGAGAAGCCCCAGCCCUUUGUGGAACAAGGUUCCUUGGGUCCAUCCCGAAAUCUGUGCCAUUUGCUCUUGACUUCUCGAUCUUUCCCCACUUCUCUACUUUGUCCCUACCUGUCUCUGCUACAGCCAGGCCAGGCUCCUGGCCUUCAGCCCCUUUCUGACUCCCCUACCCUCCCCGGUCCACUAUACACUGCCCUGACUUGUUGAAAGCCCAGCUCUAAUUUGCAGACAUUUAAAUCCAGGAAGACCCAAACCACUGCUUUCCCUGCUGGCCUCCAUCUUUAUUCACUGAGGAAGUGUUGGGAGGAGGUUAUAUUCAUCUUAUGCAGGGAGGGCGGGGUGGGGGGAGGAAAGAGUCUGUAUAUUUUUACAUUGUAAUUUCCAGCCUCGCUUACAACUCAUUCUAUACAAUCCACAGGGCUGAGAUUUGUGCAUUUGUCCUUAUCCCAUCACAGCUGCACACAGAUGCCCAGUACACAUAAGUCACUGACUCGACAGCAAGUUAUUCUAGUCUGUCUUGCUUUUAGCAAACCCUUAUAUGUACGGGCUUCCCAAGGGGACCAGUCCACAGGGUGAAGAUUCACCAGGAAGCCUUGGCUUUGCAGAGAAAAACAUCUCAGCUUUCUUUAAAGGGCAUGUGGAUUUGCACAUAAAUUUUUACCUAAUUCUUCCAGGACACAGGUUGUUCAUAAAACCAAGGAUCUUUCUUCUUGGUCUCCUGUGUGGGAACAUACCCCUGUGUCCCCAUCCCCAGAGCCAAGCUGGAAACCCAGAAUCACUGCUUAGAUCCAUUUUGUCCUGGUAUUCCUUUUACUGAUCAAAGAGAAAAUUUUCAUCUUGCGAGGGACCCCCCACCCCCAUCUUCUCCCCAUCCACUUCUCUCCACAACUACCUUGGAUUGUCAGUCAAUAGAAGCCCUUGACUGAUAUUGAUCACUAGAUUUUUGUAUCCAGGAAACCUAGUUCUUCCCUUUUUCUCACCUCCUAUGCCAUAUACACACAUCAUGCUCCUCUACACAUACACCCAAACCCAGCCUUCUCUCACCUUCCACAAUUCCUAUCCCCACCUACACCUGAUCAUCAAAGGUACAGGGAGGAAGUCAUGGACACAGAGAUCAGGCCAAUCAUUAUCAACCCAGGGUUGCAGGCUAUGCCGCAUAGGCCAUAUCCAGCCUGCCAAAUGGUUUUUACAUGUUUUAACUGAGGAAACAUCAAAAUAAUAUUUCAUGACAUGAAAAUUUUAUAACAUUCAAAUUUUAUGUCAAUAAACAAAAUGUUAUUGGAGCACAGUCACUUCUCCAUUUAUGCAACCACGGCUGCUCCUGUGCUACAGUGAUGGAGCUGGCUAUUUACAACAGAGAGGCUGUGGCUCACACAGUCAAAAACAUUUACAAUCUGGCCCUUUCCUAACUUCACUAACUUUUGAUAGAGAGGAUGGGAUAUGGCUGUCAGGGGAGGAACAGGAGCCAUGGGGGAAGUUGGAGAGGUGAGAGAAAAAUCUUGUUUCAGUGGAAGAAGGCCAGCUUGCCCCAAGAUGCAGCGGCUGCCCCAGGAAGUAGAGAACUCCCUCUCCUUGGAGAGGGUGGAGCAGAUGUUGACUACUUGGCAUGUGUGAUAUGGAGGCAAUUCAGGCCCUGAAAGCUAGAUAGACUCCCUGGACUUUAAGACUCGUAAUUUGCUAAGGUGGUUAUGAUAACAAAAUUUCACACACUGAGUGGCUUAAACAACAUGAAUCUAUUCCUCACUGUUCUUAAGGCUGGAAGUCCAAGAUCAAGGUGUGAGCAGGGUUGGUUUCUGGUGAGGUCUGUCACUUUGGGUUGCAGACGGCUGCCUUCUGAUUAUGGCCUUUCCUCUGUGACUGCACAUCCCCAGUAUAUCUUCCUCUUCUGAUAAGGACAGCUGUCUUCUUAGAUUAGGGUCCUACUUUUGACCUAUUUUAUCCUAUUACGUCUUUAAAGGCCCUAUCUCCUUGUCUAGUCACAUUGACGGUUUGGCCUUCAACAUGAGAAUUUGAGCAGGACACAAUUCCAUCCACAACAAAGACACUUGAUAUUUCCAAGGCUCUGUGAUUUUACUCCCAUCCCUGGCUUUCUUUCCCCACACUGGUUCUCAAUCUUGAGUCCCCAAAUAUGCCCUCCCUGUCCUCAUCCUGUGCCCACCUUUACUUCACCCAUCCAUCCCCCACAGGCUGGUCUUGUUCCACUGUGCCCACCGGUAUCCCCAAGCCUCCCUCACCUCUGUGAGGCUCCUAGAACUGCUGCAACAAAUCACCACCCACUAGAGGCUGAAAACAGCAGAUAGAUCAUCUCUCACCCAUCUGAAUGCUGGAAGUCCAAGAUCAAAGUGUCAGCAGGGCCAUGCUCCCCAUGAAAUCUGUAAGGGAAUCCCUCUUGGUGGCUUCUUAACUCCUGGUGCUUUCCUGGUCAUCAUUGGCAUUCCUUGGCCUGCAGCCAUGUCAGUCCAGUCCCUGCCUUCAUCACCUCUCUGUGUGUUCAUAUAGUCAUACGGCCAUCUUUUUAUAAGGACACAAGUCAUAUUGGAUCAGGGGCCCACCCUACUUAAGUAUGACCUCAUCUUAACUAAUUAUAUCUGCGAUGACCCUUUCUCCAAAUCAAGUCACAUUCUGAGGUACUAGGAAUGAGGACUUCAACAUGUCUUUUUUUUUUUUUUUUUGGUGGGGGAAGGAUUUGGGGAGACCACAGUUCAACUUAUAACACCCUCUUAGACAUUUUCUCUUGUGCCUUGACUGGUCCCUCCACUGUAGCACUCAGGUCCCCUGGAAGACAGAUUUCCCAGAAUUCCUGACCCCUGAGGUCAGGCUGUUGCUGUCAUGCUUACCAAGCUUACUACAAUCACCACGUCCCAUCACUGACUUCCAGAAGUCGGGAUCUCAGUUUUGUGACUGUAGGGGAACAGCCUGUGUGUAAGUGGCUUGUCUAUAGCAAGACUGUCACUUGACCCCAGAAUGUGCUUCAUAGCCCCAUCCAAAGUGGUUGGUGACACAGCAUCUGAUUUUUUCUAUACUCUCAUUCACUGACAAAGGAGUGGACUUUGAUGAGCUAUGUUUUGCUGUUCCCUUUUUUGACUUCGCCUGUGAUGUGGGGAAGUUCCCAGGCAGACUCACACAGCCAAUUUCCCUGGCUCCCAGCCUCGCCUCCUCCCACCCUACCUCGCCUUCACCUGCAUACACAUGAAAGGGAAUCACUUUGAACUCCAAGGGGAAUGACAGGCAGCGAAUGUCAGUCUGGGAUCUGGAAAGUGGAGCCACAGUGAACCUCUGUCCUCUCUGGUCAGUGCCUAUGACAUUAACCCAAAUCCCAGACUCCCUUCUCGAGGCUCUGCAAUUCAUGGCCAUUCUGUUACCAGUUUAAUUUUGAAACCGGUAGUCGGGCAGGAAGCUGGUGGAAAAUCUGCAGUCCCAGUGGCCUCCUGGACUUGUCUUAAUAGUGCCUGGCACAUAGUAGGUGCUCAAAAAAUGUUUACAGAAUGCAGACAGAAAGGGUUGCUGGGUAAGAAUGAGGUCCCAGCACAGGGAGCUAGAAGGGCACCAUUGGCAGGGUGGUAUCAGGAUUCCCCUUUGCCAGACCGUGUUGUGGGUGCCACCGCAACCCCAAUGAGUUUGCUUGGUUCGUUGUUGUUGUUAAGGGUUAAGAGUCUUACUGUCACCCAGGCUGAAGUACAGCAUGAUCAUAGCUCAUUGCAGCCUCGAACUCCUGGCCGUAAGCAAUCCUCCCACCUUAGCCUCUCAAGUAGCUGGUAGUAUAGGUGCACACCAUCAUGCCCGGGAAGUUUUUUACUUUUCAUAGAAAUAGGGUCUUGCUAUGUUGCCCACACUGGUCUUGAACUCCUGGUCUCAAGCAAUCCCCCUGCUUCAUCCUCCCAAAGUACUGGGAUUACAGGAAUAAGCCAAUGUGCCCAGCUAGCUUGCCAGGCUUAAUAUCUGUGACUUAUAAAGUGACCCAUUGGGUUGGGUGACCCAGGAUGUCUAGACCCUAGGAGGCAGAGUAAUGAUCCACCAUGAACAGCCUCCGCUCACAGAGCACUUACUAGAUGCCAGGCUGGAAUUCCUAUGAUGGUUUUGGGAGAUAGGUAGUCUUAUUCUCAUUUCAACAGGGAAACUGUGGUACAGGGGCAAAAAACAGCCUCCAAAUUACAGAGCCAAUGUGUUAAAAACAAGUCAUUGGGCUCGUCCAUUUCCAGGAACCCACUCCCAGGUUGAGGAGUUCAUGACCAGCUGCCCAUGGGGACGUUACAGUCCCAGCCUUUUUGACUUAUUGGCAACUUGGAACCAGAAGAGAGAGAGAGAAGAAAAGCAGGAAGUUGUGAAAGGGAGGGUGCAGGGGCCAGCAGGGAUCCUCCUGGGAGUUUGCACAGAAGCUUGCACUUAUGUUCUCAAACUGACAGGCUGCCAGCAGCAGCCCGGAUUUCCAGGAAAUGUGCAUCUGGCUUGGCAGAGCCCCUCCUGCCUCCCUCCAGCACCCCUGCUCCAGGCUUCCCAUCCCAUCCCUCUCAUGCUGGAGGUUGAACUGUGGUCCUGUAUUCCCGAGAGGCAUCCAUUAGUAAAUGCUCUUCCCUCUCCUGGGUGGGAAAGGGCCCUUCCUUCCCACUCACUGUGAUCAUGCAGCUCCCAUUUUCUAGCACCAACAAUAUGAAGGUUUCAUCUCAUGGGGUUGAGAAUGGCUGCCCUCCUUCCACUGAGGACUGAGCUGGAGGAGAUGGACUCUGCCUAGAAGGUGCCUGAUCUGAGUAAGACCUUGCUUCCCAUGUGUGUUCCAUAGACCUUUCAUUCCAUGGAAAACUAGCUGCAUGUUGCAUUACUGAAAGGGUCCUGGGACACGUAUACAUUGGAAAUGCUUAUGUAAAAUAAGAUGAAACUAAUUUCUUGAUUGCAGGACUUAUCAGAACUUUUAAGACACUGUUGUGUGGUUGAAUCUCUAAAUGGCUGAUAGGAGGCUGUUCUUCCCAAGCUUUCCCAGGCUUGUUUCUGAAUCUCCAACAAGGUCAACCUCUGUGAAUUAAACUUGAUACCUUACCUGGUACUGAAGAAGGCAAUGUCAAUGUACUGGCCCACUGAAAAGAACUGACCACCAGCAUUCAUAGACCCUGCUAGGAGAUGAGAAAAGUAGCUUAGACCCUGAUUCCAUGCAUAUGGGCAGUGGUUCCAUGAACAAGAACACCGCUUCUGGCUGAUGGUGUCUUCCAAUGGAGGGGUCAAAUUUGCUGUGUGUUGGUGGCUUCAACAUACCAUGGCUUGGAAGCCAAUGUGAAAAUUAUAUAAGAUGUCACACCCUCAGAAGGCUUAGCAAAGUUUUCACCUAAGUUUUCAUCUUCACCCAAGUCAUUGGAAUGAUGAUCUAGAAGGAUCUCUAUCUAAAAAAUCUAGAAGGAUGAAGAUCUGGUCCAAGCCUUACAAAUAUGUAACAGAUCUAUCACCAGCAUCCCGUCCUGUACCCUUGGCAGACAUCACUAAUCCAUCACAGCAUGCCUUCCCAGUGAUCACAGAUGUAGCCUCAGGGCUUUUGAGUUACCACUUAAAAUGGACAUGAACGACCCUCCUGUAUCUCACACUUCUCCACCUUUUGAAGAAGCAGGAUCUGAGGCCCAGAGAGGGAGGCUAUAAUAAACUCCCCUAAGUCAGGUCCCUUCUAAGAGGCAGAGGUAGGUUUAGAACUCAGGCCUCAGAAACUUCCAGUAGCCUAGCCAUUUGGGCUGUAGUUGGUGGACAGCCUAGCAGAGCCCUACAGAUGUCUCUUCUCAGGGAACUUGGAAACUGCAGAAAGAAAGAUUCUGUCCUUAAGACUGUGUGUAUGAUCCUACUCGGUAAUCUGCCUGCUUGGAGAAAAAUUAUUUAUCUUCUGGGAUGGCUUCACCACAAGGCCUGAAUGCUGCCCCCACUCUAGUAACAGCUGGGCUGGAAGUGGUGGCAUAUGGGGGCCUUAAGGAAUAACAGUGCGCGUGGUGGUGUGCCGGAGAGCUGCAAGGGCUUUUCUUUCCUAAGGAGUUUUUCUAAAGUUCUGCAGUUCAAUCUGGGCUUCUGGGAAGUCAGGGGAUGUCACAUAUGAAGGGCAGGAAAAGGAGCCUGACUCCAGUUGCUCUUUGGUUUCUUCCAUGAAUGGAAGACUCAAAAUCAAGUUUCCACCCAGAUGAGAUCUUGGGGUCCUAGUGGACCACCAGCUCUACUCCUGAGUUCUUGAAAUGCCUCUAAUCACCAGCUCAGUGGCUGGGAGUAUCUUCUGUCCACUGCCUCUUCUUUUCCUUCUCUUCUUCACUUACCCCCCAUCUACAUUCUGCCAAAUAAUAUCUCCCCUGUACUGCAAACUUAGGAGAAAGUUUCACAAUUGUAGAGAUGAAAAAUAGCUGCCAUGUAUUCAGCUUAAAUUCGCUCAGAAGAACGGCUCCCUCCCUCCGGUGAGUGGGCAGCAAUUGUUUAUGCCAACGUGCUAUUUGUAUCACGCCUUCUUAGAUUUGAAAGUCUAAUGAUUAAAAACAAAUCUUAGUUUUUCUUUUCCACCACUUAAAAGAAAAUACCAGCUUGGCUAGUUCUUCUAGUUUAAAAAUACCCUGACCUCCAGCGCUACAGUGAGAAUUUUGGAAAGGCUGGUAUCAGGAUAUCAGGAGGAAAUAAAUUCAGGCCAACAAUAACCAGAGAGGCCUUCUCUGAGUGAUGGGCGCCAGGAUGAUCAAGGUAGAAGAACGGUCUUUGUGUCCUCACGUGGAUACUAGCAUUCUGGGUUUGUCUGGAAUUCUGUAGGGUUAUUUCUUCACCAACCGUUCAUUCAAUGGGUGAUUUAUUGAGCAUUUACUAUGUGUUAGACCCUGGGCAUUCAGCAAUGAGUGAUACAAAGUCUCCUUUAUUCUGAAGCCUAGAGCCCAAUGGGGAAGUGAGACAAGAACCAAGCCAACAACAAAUGUAUACAUUUGCAGUUCACGUAGAUCUAUGGAAAGCAAACUCACGGGGGACCAGAAACAUGGGAGAGGAUGCUACUCUGGGAGAGCUGUUGGCAGAGGUCUUUCUGAAGAAGUGACAUUUAAAUCAAGAUAUAAAGGCAGAGAAGGAGGAAGAGAUGAUCAUUCAAAGACAGGGUUUCUCAACCUCAGCACCGUUGAGCUAUUUGGGGCCAGAUAAUUCUUUGAGGUGGCGACUGUCAUUGUAGGAUGUUAAGCAGCUUCCUCAACUCUCCCCACAGGAUACAGUAGCACCUGGUACUGGUGACAUCCAAAAACAUCCCCAGACACACCCUGACGUUGCUGUCAGGAAUCAGUCCUCAUAAAGCCCCAAACCUUGGAGCACAGAGGCCGGAAGCUCAUAUGGUGGCAUUUCAGGCAUGGUGUCACCUGAGCUUCUCUGACCCCUACUUCCAAGAUGGCAUCCAAUUUGGAGUCUCUGUUCUCCAUGAGCUUCCAUAGCUGUCCCAUAUUCCACAAGGCAUUGCUUCUGUGCCUCAUCCUCUGGUUCCACCAUAGCCCUUUUUUGGGUACACUUUGACAUCCAAAGUGUGACAUCCAAAACCAUCUCCAGACAUUGCCAAAUGUCUCCUGAGUUGUCUCCAGGCCACACCACUAGGAUUCAAAUCCAGCAUCCUGCCAUCUGCAACCUUUCAUGGGGGAAAGGAAAUCAGAGGGAAAGAGAAAAACACAAGGAGGAGACUCCUUGAGUGAACACGGCAGGGAAAUAGGUUUUUAAAGCACUAUUUAGCAUCGCCAGUGGUUUGAAUGCUGUCUAGGUAAGGACAAUGUGGACCCGCCUUUUACCAUUUGCAUGGACAGGGGCUGAAAGCUCCAAUCAUUCUCUCCAUUCUUCCACAGCCCUCCUAGGAAGCAGAUCCUCUUGCUGAACUGAAAUCUUGAGACUUGCAUCUGGCAAUCCUGGUGUUGCUUUUUGAGGCUACUCAGGGAAAGCCCCUCUGUAUUCCCCAGGAAGGAAAGUCCCCAGAUAGUGAAGGGCCUUUUCCACCUUCUUUCCAGUUCCCAGUUCACUGUGAAGAAGCCAGGUUAGAAUGGCUGUCUGGUAGCAAUGAAGCAACAACACGGACAGUCUGGACAAGAUGUGGCAGCUCAGUGCAGUCCCCUGUGACUGAUUCAGGCAUGGAGACAGGCAGUGUGUGAGGAUGGCCUCUGUAGGUCCAGCCAUUUUACCCCUAGAAUCAAAUCCUUGGGGCUCCCAGCAGUCCCAGGAUUGGGAAGGGGGACAGAAAGGAAGAGUCGGGCCUUACAAAAGACAAGAUCUUGGAAAAUUGCCUUGGGAGUUGGGACACCUUCCAAGAGACAAUUAAGUUGGCUGGGGUUCUGUCCCUGAUGGGGUCAACCUCUCCCCAACACAGCCCUGCCCAGGUUGGAUCACUGGCAGCUUAAGUGUGUCCUGGACAAUUAAUGUAAUGUAUUGGUCCUGUCAGAUUCUAGCCAUUUUCCUCUGCUUAUUUUUCUACAUGUGUUAUAAGUAAUAAUUUGUAAAUGGGUAUAUAUGAACUUCUGAAAGUUCAAGUAACUGCUGGGUAGCUACAGCAUAGGCAUCAAGGUACUCUAAGGUACUUGCCCUGCCACACCAAGGCCCCCUGCCCCGGCCCCCUUUCCCUCCUAGCCAGUGCUCUAGGGAGCACUACACAUCCUACCCCUUCAAAGCUGUCCUGACAGUCCUGGCUGGACUGGUGCAUUAAGGAAGGGGCUGCCUUUAAUGCUUGCACUGCCGCCAAGACAGGUCUGAAUUCUGUUUUGUCUGCUGUACAGAAAGAAACUUGAAUUAUGACAUUGGCCAGUGUAUCAGCCAGCUAUCGACAUGGUAAUGCUGUGUAACAAACCUCCGCCAAACCUCAUGGCUUACAACAGCUAACAUUUAUCCUUGUGCCCAAGGGUCUGCAAUUCCAGGUUGGGUCUACCUAAGAGGCUCCUCUUUAGGCUUCAGGCCACGUUCAAGUCAGCACCACAUGUCUCCCCGUUUCAGGGGUCAGUCUUCUGCACAACUGUGAGAUGCAUAAAUCUUUGCUUGGCCCCUUCUUCCUUCUUUUCAGACAUCUUUCUCCUGCUGAGGACCCCUGUGGUCCCUACUGAUCAAGGAAUAUCAUAUACUGUACUCCCCACUCCACCAAAACACACCCUGACUUUGCUGUGGGAAUCAAUCCUCAUAAAGCCCCAAGCCUUGCAGCACAGAAGCUGGAAACCCAUAUGGUGGUAUUUCAGGCAUAGUGUCACCUGAGCUUCUUUGACGCCCGCUUCCAAGAUGGCAUCCAAUUUGGAGUCUCUGUUCUCCCUGAGCUCCCAUAGCUGUCCCAUCUUCCACCAGGCAUUGCUUCUGUGCCACGUCCUCUAGUUCCACCAUAGCCCUAUUUUGGGGUACAUUGGUGGAUUUCAAAUGCCUCCAGUUGAGCAGCCAAAGGAUUCUAAGAAAAUCUUCCCUGUAUUUCAAAGGCUCAUAGCCCCAGCGACACUCACUAAACUCUCAGCAGAGCCAAACUCACAGUUGCCCAGAGCAACCCUUAUCCCUUCAUUCCCCAAAUCUUCAUUUUAUACAGUCAUUUAGUAAAUAUUUAUUAAGUGCCUCCUGUGAUUCUGGAAAAAAUGGAGAGAAGUGGCUGCUGCCUUCAUGGUACUAGGAGUCCAGUGGGAGAGAGGGAGGAGUUCCAGUAGGGUCCCAAGGCCCCCGAGGAGCUCCCAACCUGGAAAAGGACCCUCCAGAAAGGGUUCUCAGAGGAGGAGACUUCUGAACCAUGUCUUGGAAUUUGAGUAGAAUUGUAGGGAACAAUGUGCCAGACAGAAGGAACAGUCUAUGUGUGGACUCACAGGCAAGAUCAUGAUUUAUUGAGGGUAACUGCAAGUGGCUAAAAGCCUGCCCCUGGCACUUGCCUGCCUUUCCAUGCUUUCUCCAAAGCCUGAUUUGGGGCUGCUGGAGGCUCCAUCUCCAAACAGAGGGUACCCUGGCUCAGAUGUGGAGACCUUGACUUCUCUCUCCAGCAUGGUCCCUACUGUCAGCCGUGGUGUCCUGUGGGGGAAGAUGUCUGAGGAGGGUUUUGUGCUUGCUGGAGUCAGACCAGUUCUCAGCCCACCUCAGGCCUGCUCUGCAUCCCUCUCCGGCUCUGCAGUCUUCUCUGUCUCUGCCUGCCUUCACACAGUGGAGGAUGCGUCUCUGUUUCUUAGUGCCCCGUAAUGGGUCCUGAAGCCCAUGGGCAUCUUGGCUAUAGAUGGGUUGGCCACCAGCCCUUCUCUCUAAAGCGUUUUCAUUCCUGUUCCUCUUUUGCUUCACUCUCCCUCUAUCAAGUCUUACAACCUGUGUCUCUGAUUUCUCUGAGGCCCCCAGAUCUGUCUUGCCACACCAAAAAACUUUCAGCAGUCUUACCAUGUCCUCUUUCUUGGACAGUUUAUAUCACUCUAUGAAUAGGCCCCUGGAGUGUUGAGGUCAAGGACAGGCAUGAAUGUGGAAGUGUAUUUAUGGAAAGACCCUCCACUGAGGGUCUCCAACAAAACAUUACAGGUGUGAUGGAAAAAAUGCCGGUUACAGAAAUGACUGAAGAAGACCUAGGGGUCAUAGGGGGCCACAGGCCAAGUCUUCAACACAGUCUGAAGUGUGGGAAAUAAUGUAUCAGGCCUGUUGGUGGAAUGGUGUGUUUGGUGUCCCUAUAAAUAGAUGUUAGGGUUUGAAGGACAGAAAACAAAGCAUCUUUGCUCACUGCUGGACUCCCAGGGUCUAUGUGGCUACUGCAAAUUAGUGAAGCUUAUUUAUCUGCUUCAACUUGACUCAAUUUGCAUUUCUUGAGCCACUUUCUAUCGUGGAUGAUGAUUUCACCAACACUGUCUCAUCAUCAGCAGUCCUUUCAGAGUAUUCCUUGAAUUUUCUUAGCUUCGUGCAGCUCAUGAGCGCUUAAUAUAUUACUAGCCCUUGAAAUUGUUGGAGGGAGUGGAUGAAAUAAUGAAUGUCAAUAAUGUUACACAAUACCUGGCAUACAGUAGGUGCUUUAAAUGUGGCUUUUCUUCUCAACCACCCAAAUGAACUUACCCCAGAAUCCCACCUCUAGGGGGACAUUUCUGAAAAAAUAGGAGACUAGAAUAGUGGGAAGGUGGGUGUUACCCAUUUACUUAAAUGCUGGUGUCCUGUUGAACAUGGGGAGGGAUGCCCAGGUCUCAUAAGGACGCCCCCUCCCCCCACCUAUAAAGCAGAGGAUCAGACUCUUAGGGUGCAAGAGAGUCUCUGGCAAGACAAGCCCCCACCCCACCAAUGUCCUCCUAGAAACAGAACAUUCUUCCUGCGACUCCCAAAGCAGAAGUUCACUGGGGCAGACAAGGCCGAUCACAUCAGGUCUGUGACCUUGAUGGAUACCUGGACCAGGCUGAAAAGAUUCCAAACUUAGGUGGUCAACAUUUCUACCCCCAGCCUCUCAUUUCCCUCUCUCUAAGACUUGAUCUUGUACCGGGAUCCACUCCGCAGACUUAACGCAUGAUUAAUUUGAUUGAUUACUCUUGAAGUUACUGACCUUAGGAGAAUUCCUCAAUUGUAAAAAGGCUUUCUCUGUAUGUAAAUUAUGCUGUUAUCUUUUUCUAUACACAAAGUAUAUAGACCUAUAAAUAUUAUACAUAUAUAUUAUAUAUAUAAAGACUAAUUCUUGUACAGACCAACGCGGACCGAUGGUCCCUGUUCUUUUCUCCAUGUUUGUUUGUGUCGACUGUCGCAGAAUGAGUUGAUGUGAGAAAGCGGUUUCAUGUUUUCUUUUUUGGGGCCACUUCUUUUUUUUUCCUUUCCGUUUCUAUCUCUGUCUCUGUCUCUGUCUCUCUCCUUUGCACUUCUUGCCAAUGUCUUGUUGCUGAGAAGGAACAUUCUAUUCAGAUGCCAUCCAGGAAAGAAAGUCCAGAUGGAUGGAGGGUCCGCUGUGUAUAUUUGUACAGAAUCAUUUAUAAAGUUUUCUACACUUCUAAAAAAAGUAUUUCUAACUUGGGCUGUUGGACAGUUUGUGUGCCUCUGAGCCGGCAAGCCUCUCGUUUCUUGUGUUUAGUGCAAUGUUUAGUGAGAAACCAAUGUCUGAAUUAUUUAUGCCAAUAAAGAAUUUGAGAAUUACUGCAUUGCACUGCCGCCAA